AUGGCGGGAGGGAACCAGAGCAACAGCUUUGGUUUCCUCCUCUGGGGACUCUCAGAGCAACCAGAGCAGCAGCGCGUCCUCUUCCUAGUGUUCCUGUGUAUGUACCUGGUCACCGUGACUGGCAACCUGCUCAUCAUCCUGGCCAUUUAUACUGAUAAGCACCUCCACAUGCCCAUGUAUUUCUUCCUUGCCAGCCUAUCAUGUGCAGACAUCCUCUUCACCUCCACUACUGUGCCCAAGGUCCUAGUGAACAUCCAGACCCAGAGUAGGUCCAUCUCCUAUGCAGGAUGCCUGGCUCAGCUCUACUGCUUCUUGACUUUUGGGGAUAUGGACAGCUUCCUCCUGGCCACGAUGGCCUAUGACCGCUACGUGGCCAUCUGCCACCCUCUCCACUAUACAAUGAUCAUGAGCCCCCGGCGCUGCAUCCUCCUUAUUACUAUCUGCUGGAUUCUCACGAAUGCUAUUGCCAUGCCACAGACCAUGCUCAUGUUGAGACUUUCCUUCUGCCCCAACAAAAUCAUUCCUGACUUCUUCUGUGAUUUGGUGCCCCUGAUGAAGGUGUCUUGCUCUGACACUAAGGUCAAUGAACUAUUGCUGUUCUAUUUGGGAGGUUCAGUAAUUGUGAUCCCCGUUAUACUCAUCCUCAUCUCUUAUAUCCACAUUUUUGCAGCCAUCCUCAAGGUACCCUCAGCCCAGGGGAGGCGCAAAGCCUUUUCCACCUGUGGGUCCCACCUUGCUGUUGUUGCUCUGUUCUUUGGAACGGUGUUCAGGGCUUAUCUGUUCCCCUCAUCUUCUUCCUCCAACUCAGUAGAAGGGGACAUAGCAGCUGCAGUCAUGUAUACAGUGGUGACACCCAUGUUAAACCCAUUCAUUUACAGCUUGAGAAACAAGGAUAUGAAGGGAGCCUUAGGGAGAAUUCUUAGGGGCAAAGUCUUGUUAUUGAGGAAGUACUAA